GGGGGUCGGGUCAUGGGAAGCCGGAAGUGUCGGAUAUUUGCGACUGUUUCGCGGGAAACGUCGGGGGAGACGCGCCUGGAUUAUGUACAGUGGGAAACUGGGAAUGCAUUGCCAAGGGUUAUGAAGUGGGAGAUUGUUUAGUGAAGGAUAUUCAUGCAUAUCCGCAAAGCUGACAAAGCAAACUGAUUACUCAGCAACCAAUGUUAGCAAUAUUAGAUUUUACUAAGCGAAAUGUGGAAACUGAAACCACUUGGAGAUGGAGGGGAGCUGCACUGCCUGGUGGCCGGCGGAGAGUACACGGUGGGCCGGAAGAGCUGCGCAGUGCUGCUGCAGAACGACCAGUCCAUCAGCCGCGCGCAUGCGCGCCUCGCCGUCAGCCUGUCCGCGAGCGCCCGUCCCCAGAAUGUGUCCACGACGUUGACAGUGACCGACACCUCCAAAUAUGGCACAUUUGUGAAUGGUGACCAGCUGGCCCAAAACAAUGCCAGGGUCCUGCAGAAUGGUGACCAGCUGACCUUUGGGGUCUUUGAGAAUAAGUUCAGAGUGGUCUUCGAGGCCUUGGUGGUCUGUUCGUCAUGCGUGGACAACGUGGGAAAAGCCUCCCUGGCGACAGACGUCCAGCAGCUCGGCGGCCGUCUGGUCAGCAGCUGGAGCCAAGACUGCAGUCACCUGGUCAUGCCGACCGUCAAAGUCACCGUCAAGACAAUCUGCGCCCUGCUGUGCUGCCGGCCGAUAGUGAAGCCAGACUUCUUCUCCGAACUCAGGAAGGCGGCACGGCAGACGCAGGCUCUGCCCAAAGCGGAAAGUUUCCUUCCUGAGAUAGACGAGCCGACCUUGGAAAAGAAGAAUGUGGACCUUCAUUCAGUGGCAAUGCGUAAAUGCCUCUUUGAGGGAAAAACGUUUAUUUUCCUUAAUGCCAAACAACUGAAGCGCCUCGGCUCGGUGGUGGGGUUUGGAGGGGGGCGGGCCCAGCUGCUGGAGGGGGGCGCUCUGCCCGUCGGCCUGCUGGAGUCUGCGCAGAGCUGCUUGGUCGACGUGUCGACAGGCAGCUCCCAGGUCCCGCAGGCAGAGGCCGAGGUGCAGUGGAGCGACUCGGUGACUCGCAUCCUGCAGAGGAAGGGCCUUCGGCUGAUCGCGGAGUCCGAGAUCGGACUGGCCGCCAUCUACGGCUCCACCAAACUGUACUGCAAUCCGUCGGCCCCCCUGACACCUGAAACGGCUGAAGUGAGACCCCCCAUCCCAGGUGGGUCGCUAACUCAGAGCGCCGCCGUGGAUGAAACCGUGCUUCCGGCGGCUUCUCAGAACAUCACGGCGUAUGCCCCUGACACUGAGACCACACAGGGCUUCAGCAGGAUGGACACCAGCGGACCCAGUGCAGUGCGUGAAACUCCAGAGAAGGAUCGACGGCAGAGCUCCGUCGUGGUGAGCAAGGCAGCCAACUCGCAUACAGGAACAGAGGUGCCGAUGUCAUCACAUGCCACAGGGGCCAAAAGUAGGAGUGAGAGGCCUGUCCUCGGAACCACUGCCGACAGCCGUCUGAUGCUAAAGCCCCCCCCCUCCGGGAUCCAGCACAAAUCCCCCCAGAAACAGGCCAAUUCUCUUACCGACUACUUCAAACCUCUCAGCAAGAAGAGAAUUCGGGAGGAGGGAGAUUCUCCUCACCAGUCCGAAGCUAAGCAGUCCAGGCAAGAGCAGGAGGGACAGGAGGAGGUGAUGGAGGUGGAGAGGAGUGCCGGGCAGCCUCCAGCACCCGAGCCCUCUGUCUGCACACCUGCAUCCCGCGGAGAGGGGGGCAAACUGGGUCAGGACUCAGACGCAGACCUGGACCAUUCGCCUGGGCCCUCCAGCCACAGGCCAGCAGUGGGCAGGAGGAAGGAGAUACCCGUGACCGACCUGACGGGAGGCUGUAGCUCAGAGGUGGACAUAGAGGAGUUGGAAUCAAUCAUGUCGACACCGAUGGACGAAAACGACCUGCAGGAUGUUCCCAGCAAGAGGGCCCGUCUGGACCCUGUGCGUCACAUCAAAGAGGAGGAGCAGUCCUUCGUGGAGGCCACCAGAGCGGACAGCGCAGGCGUCCCCGAGAAGCCGGAAGCCGAGGCUCAGCCCAGAGCCGCCCCAGUGAAGUCGGAACUUGCAGAGGUGGUGGCUGGCGUUAAGGCCGAUAAUGGAGAGGAUCUCCCCAGAAAUCUACUGGUGAUCGAGUUCAAGUCCUUGCUGGUGGACAAGCUGCCCAGGCCGCGGACGGAGCGUCAGCAGAUCGAGGGGAAGAACUUCAAGAAGUUCAGGAAGGUUCCUGUGCCGGGGUCCUCUGGGCUCCCCAAAAUCAUCGGGGGCUCUGACCUGGUGGCCCACAACCGGGCGAAGAACUCCGAACUGGAGGAGUGGCUGAGAGCGGCGGCAGAGGAGGAAAGUCGGAAUGAGAGAGAGGAGGCGCUUGGUGAUGACCUGUUCAGAUAUAACCCAAGACUAUCCAAAAGAAGAUGAGGCCCGUACCAUGGGCCAGCAAUGAAUCAGCAUUUCUAUAGGCCACUCGUUUGUGGUGUUUACCCUGGGAGGAGUUCCAGAGAAACGGAGCCCUGCGUGAUUCCAGGCCCUGUCCUUCAUACCAGUGAAUGUCACACUUUUGAUUUUCCUGCUUUUCAUCAGUCCACACGCUGAGCUACUGGCAGCAAGCAAUGUAACAAUGUUUCUGUUAAGAAAAAUGUUUAAAACAUUUUAUUUGUUCAUAAUAAAAAAAAGUACUAUGUACAAAACAUUAAUACCUCA